AUGCCUCAAUCAUGCUCUCCGAAUGAGCAGAAAGGAAAGAGCAAAAUGAAUAGGCCUCGCCCUGUUUCCUUGCCUGAGUUGCUAACUCGGAAUUCAAAGGAGGAAUUGGUUCAAAGUGACGAUUCUAAUAGCCUUGAAGGUAUCUCAAUGAACAUCAAGCAAAUCGUCAAACUCCUCCAAGAGCUCAAAGACUCAAAACAAGAAGACAGCAGUCAUACAACCAACCGCCUCGAAAGAAUUCUCAGCAUCCUCGAAGACAUCCUCUCUCCCCGCAGUUCAAAACAAGAACUUUACGAAGAAAACCAGAAGCUCCGACGCGAGCUCUCGGCGAGCUUAACCGCCCGUAAAAGCCUCGAAAGGAUGUUCUCUAGUCUUGGGCGUGAGAAGGAGAUGAUUGCAAAUGAAUUGGCUCGUAAAGUUCAAGAGCUUAGUUGGAUGGAGGAGCAUGUGAAUGACUUGACAGCUCAUAACAAUAAGUUGUCUGAGAAGGUGAUGGAAUGGUGCAAAGUUGGGGGUAGUGGUGGUGGAAUGGAGGUGGAGGAACUGAAGGAGAAGAAUAGAGAGUUAUCGGAGAAGCUUUUAAAGGCACUGGAUCGGUAUAAGACGGGGAAGAGAAGGUUGAGGGAGGCGAGGGAAGAGAAUGAGAGGGUGAGGGAGGAGCUGGAGGGGGUGGUCGAGAUGAUAAAUAGGAUUACGGAGAGAAGAGGAGAAGUGGUGGAGGGGGAGAUGGGAAAGUUGAAGAUAAUCUUGGAGAAGUUAGCUAAGGUUGGAUUGCCGCCUUUCUCUAACUAA